AUGUCCCACACGGACACGGAGAGCUUUAACCCUAAACUGACCUCAAUUUGACACCACCAGAUGAAAUUUUACCGCCUGUUAAUGCCAUCUUCUGCAGAAGAGACGGAUCCGCAUGUUGACAGAGAUGCACUUCUACUUGAACACAGAUUUUGUUCAUAUGUAUCCUUAUCCAUAUGAGUCCUCAACCUGAAAAGUCACACAAUGGGAAAUCCACUUAUUGAAAAUGUAGUGCUAAACAUAAUGGAAACUUGGGCAUGAUAUGGGACACUUGAAAGGUCUUAGUUUGCAAACACUUGCAUGUUUCCAAAACCAUGAGAACAUGUUUUAGGUAUCCUCCAUUUAAUCUAGGCUAUGUUCUAUUUUUUACAAGGCUAAUUUAAUUGUAUUAUUAAAUAUUAAUUAGAAUUAUAUUAAGACUAUUAAGUAUUAAGAUUGAAAUACAAUAUCCAGAACGAGGAUUUAGAGUGUAUAAAAGUUAUUUAUUGCCAUAACUAAAAUAUAAUGUCUUACUAACAGGAUUCAGAUUUAUUUGAUGUUAUUCAGAUUUAUGUUAAAUUUGAAUGCUGAUAGAGGCUAUAUUUUGGAUUCACCAUUGCAUUGCAUUGCAUUGCAUUGUAAUGAAUAGCACGUACUUAGUUUGUACCAAGAACUAUAAGUGAAAUACCUCAAAUAAACUUCAUAAACAUUUAACAUAUUGUGUUAUAUACAUUAGAUAAAAUAUACAACUUUUGAAUGUUCAAAAGGUUGAGGUGCAUUUGGGAAGAAAAGGCUAUUUCAUAUAUCACCACCUCAAGUUUCACAAGCUCUUCGAAUGUGUAUAUCCCCCGUCUUUAGGCCAAAAUAUAUAUAUAAGAUCAAAGAUUUGUUUAAAAAAACAGUGUAUACGAUUUUGACCGUAUAACGUAAAAAUGUGCCACAUUUGACUUAUCCAACGUUUAAAAAUGUUACUUACAUUUUUGGGGAUUGGAUGGCUCUAAUGCGACUGAAUCAUUUUCUACAUUCACAGAAUAGGCCUAAUCAUAUCAGCUACUUAGUCUGACUUUCCACAACUGCACUGUUGGAGAACCUUCCGUUUUACGAGACACAACAAAGGACAUAAUAUGAUUCACUUACCAUGUUUGUCCGGAAGAAAAACGCUAGGGUUAGUGUACAGGUCAUAGUGCACGAUAUCAUUAUAAGCAGUCGGGCUAAUAUCAAAAACCCAUGUCUUCAAAAGCUCACGCAUCCAGCCCCUGGUUCUGUUCACGGAAUGUAACAUCGGUCAGAGGUAUUUGGAGACGAUGCAUGCCGCUCUGCGCAUAACACUGUAGUUCCUUCUCGGGCUAUUGCACGUUGAACUGUCCACACAGCCGUUCGUCAACCCUGCAGUCCUACUUUUUCUUGUAGGGCUUCCCACCCCCUUAUGCCAACAAACAUAAUUGUUGUCACAGUCCUUCAUUUUAAAAAUAUUUUUCAAUUGCUAUUUCUAUUGUCAUCCCAAGCAACCAUAUGGCGCGUUUGUUUGUUGGGAGUAUAUUGACCUUACAGCUGAAUCCAACCCACUAGCUCAUCCAACCUAUGAAUGGUUAAUUUCGACAACCACCAAAAAUGUCACCGAGCCAUAAAUGUAUCAAUUUAUGUGAAAACAUAUCAAUAUAACGAUUAUGCCAUCUGCGCAAAAGUGUAUAUUAUCAUUGAUGGAGCUAAAUAUUAAAAGGGAUAGAUGGCCUGUUUCGGUUUUGUGCGUAAAAAAGCUUGGGCUCAGGGAAAAAGGGCUAUAGCCUCAGCGCAAUCGAUGGCCGGAGCGUUGCUCCUCCUCUAAACUUCAAACUCAAGACAUGAUUGAUGAUCUUGGGGAGCUUUGAUAAUUGACUACUCUGAGGUAAGGCACGGAUUUCUAUCUAGAGAGGGGAUUGGACGAGAGAAACAUACAAAAUUACUUUCUCUACAAAAGCUUUUUCUUUUUGGAAAAGUUCAUUCUGGACUGAGAAGGGGUGCGCCAUAUCGUUUAAUUUGCUAAACAGCCCCGUUCAUAAUUAGCAGUACGAUUAAAAGGUAUUACCGAGAUAUUUCAUACUAGGCACACCGGCUAUAACCACAACACAAGAUAACAAGUAAGCGUUAACAAUAAUAAUAAAACAAGAUAGCAAUCCGGAGGCAUAAAGAGGACGCGGACUUGCUGGAUGAAAACGGGCUGAAAAGAUUCAUCCUCUCUUGAACAUCAUCACCAACCAUCAUUCAUUCAUUACCUUGACAACCCCUGGCUUUGAUUGACAGCUGGAGUGGCAAAAAGCCACGAGACACGACAGUUUAGUUACAUGCAGGUUGUUGAUGGGCCGAUUGUAACCUUCAGUUUGGUGCUUGACCAUUUUUUUUAUUUUUUGGGGAAAGAGGAAAACAAGAACAAUUGCAAAACUCAUCCUGAUGCUUCUGCUUGCACUCUACCACAUUGGAGAAUAGGAGAAUUCGCAAAGUUGGUUGAAAAAGGAAUCUUACCACUAAAUCACUUUCUAACCUGACUGGGAUAUUAAAUAUACGACACAUCCAGGAGUUUAUUGGAGCGCAGCCUGAUGGCGCAAAGGUACGAUGAGCUGGCCCAUUAUGGUGGGAUGGACGGAGUCGGGGUCCCGGCGUCUAUGUACGGAGACCCGCAUGCUCCACGGCCGCUACCCCAAGUCCAUCACUUGAACCAUGGACCACCGCUCCAUGGCCAGCACUACGGUGCUCAUGCACCCCAUCCCAGCGUUAUGCCCAACAGCAUGGGCUCCGCUGUCAACGAUGUUUUAAAGAGGGAUAAAGAUCAAAUCUAUGGUCACCCAUUAUUCCCGCUGCUCGCGUUGGUUUUUGAGAAGUGCGAACUGGCGACGUGCACUCCGAGGGAGCCUGGGGUAGCAGGCGGCGAUGUCUGCUCCUCCGACUCCUUCAAUGAGGACAUCGCAGUCUUUGCCAAACAGGUCCGAGCAGAAAAACCUUUAUUUUCAUCAAAUCCAGAGUUGGACAAUUUGAUGAUACAAGCCAUACAAGUAUUACGAUUUCACCUUUUGGAAUUAGAAAAGGUGCACGAGCUCUGCGACAAUUUUUGCCACCGGUACAUCAGUUGUUUGAAAGGAAAAAUGCCAAUAGAUCUAGUUAUUGACGAGCGGGAUGGAAGCUCGAAGUCAGACCACGAAGAGCUCUCAGGAUCUUCGACCAACCUAGCCGAUCACAACCCAGCUUCCUGGAGAGACCACGAUGACGCCACCUCCACACACUCGGCCGGCACGCCAGGGCCCUCCAGUGGGGGCCACGCUUCACAGAGCGGCGACAACAGCAGCGAACUAGGAGAUGGCUUAGAGAACAGCGUGGCGUCUCCUGGCACAGGUGAUGACGAUGACCCGGACAAGGAGAAGAAGAGGCAGAAGAAGCGCGGCAUCUUCCCCAAGGUGGCCACCAACAUCAUGAGGGCGUGGCUGUUCCAGCAUCUCACGCACCCGUACCCUUCUGAAGAACAGAAAAAGCAGCUAGCCCAAGACACAGGCCUGACCAUCUUACAAGUAAACAACUGGUUCAUUAACGCCAGGAGAAGAAUAGUACAGCCCAUGAUUGACCAGUCAAAUCGAGCAGGUUUUCUUCUUGAUCCUUCAGUGAGUCAAGGAGCAGCGUACAGUCCGGAGGGCCAGCCAAUGGGCAGCUUCGUGCUGGAUGGCCAGCAGCACAUGGGGAUCCGGCCAGCUGGUCUGCAAGGCAUGCCAGGGGAGUACGUACCUCAGACUGGUCCUAUGGGCAUGAGCAUGGCCCCACCAAGUUACAACCCUACUCAUCAGAUGACCCCUCACCCCUCCCAGCUUCGACAUGGACACCCCCUCCAUCCCUACCUGCCCGGCCCCCACCACCCUCAUCACCCUGCCAUGCUGAUGCACGGAGGACCCCCCUCUCACCCAGGAAUCACCAUGUCUGCAGAGAGCCCCCCCCCCUGCUGACCCCCAUUGACCCCAGCGCUGGAGGACAAGGCUUGGACAUCCAUGCCCAAUAGUAUAAGCAAACUUUACUACCACAACAUCAACAACAACAGUAGCUUCUAAGAGAAGAAAACAAACAUCAACAACCCUAAAACAAAGAUAUCUUCAGACUAUUUUUCUGAAUAAAAGCAGAACCGUUUUGACCAUUAUUAGACAGUGAAAAAAGAAUUCCAGAUGAGCUGUGAUGAUUCUUCUUCUUUUUUUUUCUUUUUUUUUUUAAACUUUUUAAUUUUGUUACUUUCAUCCAAAUGGAGGACCAAGCUGACAUGAACACUUUGUAAAGUCUUGGGCUUUUGUUAAAGAUCAACAGAAGAUGUUUUGAGGACAGACACGUACGUGCGCAAACACGGACACACGCACACACUUAAGACACACGCAUUCGCACACACACAGUGCACACUCUCUCCGGUGACACGUUCAACUCAUUUUUUUCAAAACGGAAUCACUCUGGAAGAUUGAGAGAAAAAAGAAAAAGACAAAAAAGACUCCAAGAGUUAUAACUACUGUAGUAUAAAAAGUAUAGCAACUAAGUUAAAAACGUUUGCAUUUUUUUUGUUGAUCACUCAAUUUCCUGAGCUAGUUGUAGAAUAAAAGGUGAACCCUUUCUCUCACACUGUGUGUGCUCCUUCCUGGAGGAGAAACUGUCUCGGUGGUGAAGCAGCACUAGAAAACAGAAAAGAUGGAACAUCUCAACAACAGACGCCCACUUGCUCCCAACCACAGCGACAGGCAGAACAGGCCCUGUCCCCCAUAAAGAACAGGGCAUGAUGGGAAAAGGCUGCUAAAUGACACCUGAUCUCUCCAGAAGAUUCAGUUUGAACAUGUUUUAAUGCCCCUCUUUUUUUUGGUUCAUGAAUGAAUGUUACCCUGUAGGUAUAUACAAAAAAGUUCUUAGUUUGAAUUGCCCAAGCACUGGAUUGUGUUGGUUUUAUACGUUUUUAUUUGAUUAUUAUUUGAUAUUUUAGUAUCCUGGACUCUCAUUGACAGAGCCUAUUGAAGGAAACUUAAUCGUGGAAAAGCAGCAUCCUACUCUGCUUCUUUGCCUCUGGAUCAACAUUCUUGCCAUAUGGACAAUACUGACACAAUGGUGAAUUCUUUGGCACUGGGAGAAGCAAUUGGUGGUAGAUGCACCCAAAAACCUACAACUUCAAAACAGAAGAAGAAAAAAAAGAACUUAAAUGAUGAACUCAAAGCUUUAGGGAAAAGCUAAGAGAAUAUUGUAACAAACUUCGUACAGAGUUCAGUCUAUUAAUUGUUUCAUGUUAGAUAUUCUAUGUGUUUACCUCAAUUGAAAAAGAAUGUUUUUGCUAGUUUCAGAUCUGCUGUGGCAUUGAUAUUGUAUGUCCAUGAAUUCCUUCCUUUUUCAGCACGUGUUCCUCACUAGAUGAUAAAAUGCCGUCUCCCUUAAGCUUUGUCAAAAAUACAUUAUUAAAUACUUGUAUGAGGACUGUGACGUAAUGUUUAAAAGGUGUUCAGUCACAAAUGCUGUAAUAAAUAUUUCAUUUUUGA